CAAUAUGUAGGGCAGCGACCGAAAACCACGGUAUAAUCACGGACAUGAACGUUCAAGAUAUCCAAUUGCCAUGGUUAACGAACUUCCCAAACCCAAGGAACGUCCCGUACAGGUUGCCCAUGUAUCAUAGUGAAGACUAUGCACCCUUCCCGCAAGAGCUGACUGAUCGCAUCUGCGAGCACCUAUGGGAUGAUCUCGUAACGCUCGCGAGUUGUUGCCGCGUCUGCCGCGCUUGGUACCACGCUGCGCGGCGUGUCUUCUGGGAUCGAGAGACGUUCGUGGAAAACCGUGCAAGGUUGAAGGACAUUGCGCAUGUCCUCCUGGCGAAGCGUAACCAACCAUACUUCGAGCAGUGCAACCGGCUGUCGAUACAUGAUAACCGUCAAGAGCCGUUCGCACGUACAUGGCCCUUGCUCAUACCUGGACACGUUCUACCGAGACUGAGUCAGGUAUUCCUCAAUGGCCUUGACUGGUCGACCGCUGGGCCCCAUCGUCUCUUCUACGACCGCCUCUCAUUUUAUACCAGCGUUUAUGGCGGCCCGUUUGUGGAAAUAAUCGGAUCGCACGAAAUGUAACAGUACCUACGAAAAGUAUAAUAAAUGCACGAAAUGUGCAAUCACGAAAAGUUUGGAACCACUCACGAAAAGUUUGGAUGAUCACGAAACUCGGAAGGGUACACGAAAU